AUGCAUGAUCCCCGCACUACCCCCAUCGAUCCCCGAGACUUGAACGCAAGACUCAACCACCUUAAAAAGUCUAACACCGACCCCAACAAUGGAGACGCUCGUGGACUGUCCCGACCCACCGGAAGCCGAACCACCUCCUUUGACUCCACGAGGGUUAUCUCCCGCCUGCCCGCCUUCCGCAAGAGCCAGACUUCGUCUACCAGCGCCAGCGACAACAGUGUCUCGCGCCUCGAAGUCAUGGGUGUCGUCCCGCACUCCGCUAUACACCGUGAGAGUGUUGAAGUUGCGCGGGGAGGCUUCUCGAAGCCGAAGGUUAAGAAGAGGAGGGCGAGCAAUGAGAGUGCGAAGAGCGCCAAGAGUGUGCCUGAGUUUCAGUACUAUGGACGGCAUGCAAAUACCUGGCUGUUCAAUGACUUCAGCAUCACCGAUCAUGUCAAGAAGGGAUGGGGAAAGAUGUUCCCCGGGAAGGACGACGACGAGGAAGAGUGA